AUGGCCUUGAAGCGCAUCAACAAGGAGCUUAAGGACCUCGGCACCGACCCGCCAUCCUCCUGCUCUGCCGGCCCUGUCGGCGAAGAUCUCUUCCACUGGCAAGCUACUAUUAUGGGACCCGGUGAUUCACCAUACUCAGGAGGCGUCUUCUUCCUGAAGAUUCAGUUCCCCACGGACUACCCCUUCAAACCUCCGAAAGUCAACUUCUCUACCAGAAUCUACCACCCCAACAUCAACAGCAACGGCAGCAUCUGUCUCGAUAUUCUGAGAGACCAGUGGAGCCCUGCUCUGACGAUUUCUAAAGUUCUGCUUUCUAUCUGCUCUAUGCUCACAGACCCGAACCCCGAUGAUCCGCUUGUGCCCGAGAUUGCACACGUGUACAAGACCGACCGGCCCCGAUACGAGGCCACCGCUCGGGAGUGGACCCGCAAGUACGCCGUCUAG